UUAUAGCAGACGCUUUUUGAACCUUUGAAAUUGGCCGAAUUUUGCAAAUUCUAUUCAUAAAGGAAUUCAAUUUUGAAUUAUGGACGAGAAAAAGAACGUGAAUAUAAAGUUCAAAUCGGCUAAAGGUGAUGGCAAUGGUCAAGUUUUGAAUAUUGUUAUAACUGAGUUUAGUGACAAGUUCUUCAUCAUUCUGACAAGCUGUGGAAAAAUUGGUAGCUUAAUUCAGGUGUUUUCUGAAACAACUAUUUCUGAAGAAUCAACUAGCAUUAUAAAUUCUAAAGCAUUGUUUGGAAAAGAUGAGCCAGAAAUCCAUGCAUUUGCUCGAAGUCUUGUUGAAAACUUGAAUUUCACCAAGCCAGUUGUAUUUGGGUUUUCUUUAAAAGAUUAUACAAUGUCUGCUUUUACGGACAUUAAGAACUUAAUUUUUGAAACGAUGAAGAAAUUGUGAAUUAAGCUUCAUUUUUAUACUUUUGUAUUUUUAUGCAAUAAAAUUGUUUUAAUAUG